AGACAUCCUGAGACAUAUCCUGAGAAUGAAAAUGUCCAACCGAACCAUCAUGACCGAGUUCCUUCUUCUGGGAUUCUCUGAUGUUUGGGAGCUGCAGAUUUUGCACUUUGUGGUGUUUCUAGUGAUUUACCUGGCAGCCCUGAUGGAGAAUCUUCUUAUCUUCAUGGCCAUAACCUUCAACAACUACCUUCACACCCCCAUGUACUUCUUCUUGAUGAAUCUGUCACUCCUAGAUCUUGGCUCCAUCUCUGUCAUUGUCCCCAAAUCCAUGGCCAACUCCCUCAUGGACACCAGGUCCAUUUCCUAUGCUGGAUGUGUUGCUCAAGUCUUUUUCCUCGUCUCCUUGGUGGGAGCGGAUUUUUCCCUUCUCACCGUUAUGGCAUAUGACCGAUAUGUCGCCAUCUGCCAGCCACUGCACUAUGAGACAAUGAUGAAUAUCAGAGCUUGUGUCAAAAUGGCAGCCGGUGCCUGGAUCAGUGGGAUUCUCUGCUCUGUGCUACACACCGGGAACACAUUUGCAUUGAUCUUCUGUGGAGGCAACAUGGUAGAUCAGUUUUUCUGUGAGAUCCCCCAGCUACUCAAGCUUGCCUGCUCUGACACAUAUCUUAGUGAAGUUUGGGUUCUUGUCUUUAGUGCAUGUUUACUCUUAGGCUGCUUUGUUUUUAUCAUUGUGUCAUAUGUACACAUCUUCAAAUCAGUGCUCAGAAUCCCCUCUGAACAGGGCCGGUAUAAAGCCCUAUCCACCUGCCUUCCUCACCUCACUGUAGUCUCCUUGUUUGUUUGCACUGGCAUCUUUGCUUACCUGAAACCCAACUCCAGCUCCCCAUCUGCUCUGGAUCUUGUGGUGGCUGUUCUCUAUUCUGUAUUGCCACCAAUCUUGAAUCCAAUUAUCUACAGCAUGAGGAACAAGGAGAUCAAAGUUGCCCUGAGGAGGCUGACUGGGUGUAGAUAA